AAGUUAAGUGAUGUCUGAGGUCAAGAGGAUGAAAUCAGAGACUUCUGUUAACUUGUCAAAACAAUCAGUAAACGAGUUAGGAACAGGCCCUGAAGAUCCAGACGAAACUAUUGCUGUUGGUACUCACGAGCAAGGCUUGCAGCAAGAUAACGAUAACUUUUCGUCCUCAUUUACAACAAAAGAGAAUAUAGGAGAGUGUGAUCGUGAAGAGCUUAUGGAUUUUUUGUCUCGCCUUGCCAAUUACUCUCCUGUGAUUCCCGAUGCGGUGACGAGUUAUUACCUAAAACGGGCUGGGUUUAACUGUCCCGACACAAAAGUCGUUCGAAUGGUUUCUUUGGCGGCUCAAAAAUUUAUAACUGAGGUUGUGGAUGAUGCUCUUGGCUACUACAAACUUCGAGCGGCCGGACAGCCAAAGUCGAAGAAGAACAAAAAAAAGUGUGUUUUAACUUUAGAAGAUCUGCAGUCCGCCCUUAGUGAAUAUGGGGUGAACGUUCAGAGGCCGCCUUACUUUAUUUAAUUCCCCUUUAACAA